AUGCAGGCGAGCAGUGUGUUCCAGGAUGACGAGCGGCUCUCUCCCUCGCUAUCUGCCGCCACCGAGAGUAGCUGGAGUCUCAGAGAUGAAGUCGGCGGUGACGUAGGAGCGUCACUGGCGAACAAUACAUUGGCUUCCUUGAUUUUGAGUGUCUGGAAAGUGGACUGGCAGCCAACUGUGGGAGACGAGGACGCAGUGAAGAAGUGUCGUUACGUCCAAGUACGGACUGAGGCAUCGGAUGAUCAUGUCCCAGAUCUCCGGAGGGAGACGGGGAGACGAUUGUGUGGGGGUGUUGGCGUGAGGGUCUUCGAACGGCACGGCCCUGGACCAAAGCGGGACGAAAGGGUGGAUGUUGUUCGCGAGGGAUACCAUCACUGUCACGCGUUGUGCCGCCGUGAUCGCGGUCGGAGUGACUCCGUCGCUCUCCUUGGCAGCGCAGCCCUCGACGAUCAGGGUAAACGUGAUCGUCUCCAAACCGGCAAAACGACUUCGCCCGAUCAACCUGGCCAGUUCCGCGAGCGUCGUGAGGGACUCGACCGCGCGAGAGAGCGCGACUUGAGGAAGGGCGAGUGUGAGCUUGCGCAGCUCUGGGAUGUACCCAUCCCCGAGUAUAAGCGGGAAGCAUUCCAAAUGCCUGAGAUCACUAGCCCCAUUAUCUACUGGGUAGAUGGUGUGGACGACAUGGGCGAUACAAGGGCGAGGCAGGCAGCACGGGUGACGUGGGCGAGUCGAGAGCGAACCGGGCAAGCGGGCGAGGUGGACGAUGUGGGUGAUGCGGACGAGAGGCAGGUGAUGUGGCAGCGAACGGGGCGAUGUGCGGGAGAUGCCCAAACCGGGCGCAAUACGGUGAGGCGGGAGAUGCGGGUUUGGACGUGGGUGACAUGGGCGAUGUGGGUGAAUGGGCGUCGGUUUGGCCGCGAGCUUAAACAAGCGCGUGAGCGACUGCACGCGCAUCUAGCGCAUCUGCGCGUGAAUGUCGCACUUGCCUGUGAGAGCGUGAGGCAGCGUCAGCGUCAGUGUGGGGCGCGCGAUAGCGGAGACGGAGCUGUAGUACUCACAGAUGGGCCACGCCCACGUUCACGAGAUGCGCAGGAGAUGGGCGAAGUGGCGACCAUCCUCGGCUGCAGGAGGGCAAUAAGCGGGGCAGUAGACGCGGGCGAGGUGAGCGAGAUGGGUGACGUACGACACAAGAGCGAGGGUGAGGGCAAAACGAACGAGGGAGAGGACAAGACGGGCGAGAGCAAGAUGGGCGAGGGCGGGACGGGUGAGAGAGAGGCGGGCGAGAGAGAGGUGGGCGAGGUGGGUGAGACAGGUGAGACGAGCGCAUGCAAGAUGGGCGAGAUCUGGGGUGACGCGAGCGAGGUGGGCGACACAGGCGAGAUGGACGAGGGCCCAGGGGGUGGCGGGGAGGGAGAGAGCAGAACGGGCGAGGGCGAGACGGGCAAUUACGAGACGGGUGGAGUGUGCAAGGGCGAGAUGGGCAAGGGGAGGCCAGAGGACGACAACGACGAUGAGGAGGAGGACCACGACGACGAGAGCGCUGGAGUCCACGCAACGCGCGUCGUUUCCCACGCUGAUGCCAGCACCUGUUUUGGUGAGUCUCCCGUUGUGCUCUCCUGCGCUCCUCGCCUCCUCCUCCUCCUCCUCCCAGACUCCGGCCGCGCCACCGACCCCGUCCCCACGACGUCGGUUACGUCCCAACGGGUGUGCACGGGGUGCUCAUCCCCCUGGAACGGCUGUGUAGCGCGCCACUACGCGCACGCCUCGCCCUCACCUCGCACGUGUCUGUGCCGCCCGCCAUGUUUCCUCGCCCGCCUCUCCUGUCUCGCGCCCGCGUCAACAUCCCCCAUUUUCCCUGCCUGGGUCGUCAACCUGUCGUCCACCCCACUCAGAGCUUCUCCCGUCAACGGCGCGACUUCGCAGGCACGGGCCGCUACUGUACGCCCGGAGGAUUACCCGUGGACACUGGUGUCUGCGUACCGCAUGGACGACCAGCGCGUGCCUGUGGUGCCCCAGGUGCUCUAUUCACUUGCUGGCUCACCUAUGGAGUUGGAAAAGAAGCGGUGUACGCGCAAGGCGAGGCCCCGGUAUCCCCAGGUGCCACCUCCCACCACGCUGCCGUCCCGUUACCCACCCCGGAUGUGCAUGGUCAUGCAAACGGCCUCGGCGAGCCCUUAUGACCACGUCGCCCACAUCAUCCACCCAUAUCGCUCGCCCGCGUCUGCGUCGUUCCCGAGCCAACGUUCACAUCGCUGA